CUGACUUCCGGCGAGAUCGUGGCUGCCCAGCGCUACUGGGCGAACCACGAUGUUGCAACGGUGGCGCAGCUGCAGCCGGACCAGCUGCAGGCAGCUAUGUUGCAGAAAAAUUUGCAGUUGCACGUCGGAAGUGGUGCCAGUUCCUCCCGGAAGCUAAUUGGAGUUACCAGUGCCGCUAAAGCGGCGCUGCAAGCUGGCCACACUUCUUUGUCCUCAAGCGGGGGAUUUCAUCCAGCAGUACUGCGUGGGAGCUGCACGACAGCAUAUGAUGGACAACUGCCGUUAUUUGGUGGAGCACGCCACCUAAGCGCUUCGGCCUCGCAAACAAAUCUACUCGGUACCAGAGUUGUACUAGGAAAUAACGGAGCUAGUGGUACUACCUCCGGGACGCUCUCUACGUCCACCACGGGAGCCGCGCAUCUACAACCAGCUGCUUCCUCACGGGCACUUCUAAACCCCAGCGGGUCUUCUUCCUUGUUCAAAAAAGUUCCGAGCCCAUCAACACACAAAUCCGCGGGAGACACCUUGCUGAUGACGGAGCGGGGGAAGUUGGAUCCGGACUGCAGUGCGUGGCUGAUUCGGCACGGCGUGCGCGAGGGCUUGAUGGGCGCCAUUAUUCAGCCGCAGCUCUUCAAAAACUGUGCGCUUGAGGGGCUCAAGGCCCGGGCGGAGUGGAAUGCAAAGCUCGCGGCAGCGGGGGCCGGGAACAGGAAAGGAGCUGCGAACACCAAGUCCGCUUCCGCGGCAAUAGACAUGGCGAACGCUACCGCAUCGUCGCAGUUCAAUGGAGGUUCGUUUUCCGGCUAUGGCAUGGGCAUGGCACAGACGUCGAACAGACCUGCGGCUCAUCAACAAGACGUGCACGGUGUUUACACUGCCGACCAAUAUGUUGACGACCAGAACAACUUCGCUCCAACAGAUCAUAACAGCAUCAACGCGCACCAGCUAAAGAACAACGAGAGCGAAUACCUGAAACAGAUGUGGCGGUUCUAUGGCGCAGGUUCACCAGAAAAUUUGAAGAGAAGCAAACCAAAAACCUCGAGUGGAGGGGCGUCGAAGACCAAAAACAAGGGCACCUCGUCGACAACAUUGCCUUCCUCAUAUUCCAGUAGUCUAAAUCAGGAUUAUCCGUCUGGUAGCGACGACUCAAUCAAAAAUCCAGUAGUUGUUCCAUCUGGAGGGAAGAAAGCUACGCGCCUGCCGCCCGGGCUGGAGCUCGAGGUUCAUGUGGGAGGAGUAGAUACAUGCGCAUCUCAAGAAGCGACGGGUAGUUCUUCGAAAAAUCAUUCUGCAAUUAUGCCGACUGGUGGACUACAGGUACAGGAUACAUACGAAACAGAAACCUACCCGCCCACGACCCACGACGAAGCUACAGGAGCUACUAGAUUGUCGCGGAGCAGCAUCGUUUCUUCCUCUACAUCCUUGCACAUCGCGGACCAUUCCUCCUCCACAGCAUGCUCGCCCGCGGAGAAUCAGAAGUUUGACUCCAAUAAGUCUUGCACAUCGUCUGCGACGUGCACUAGCAAUACACCGGUGGCGGGGACCAGCACGACUCCGUCGGUUACCAUGGGCGCCGGGGGCGUCGCAGCCAGGCUGAUGCAGCCGCAGAACAGGACUUCGUCUUCUUCUCUCGGAGGUGCUGCUGUUCCUAAUCCUUGGG